UGACAAAAUACACUAAUGGAUUCUGACAAAGACGUUGGCACAACAAGCAAUUUUAUUCGAUCUUCCAUCUUUUUGUUCUCCAUCCACUUUCGAUUAUUCCCGAUUCCAUCUUGCCCCACCGAUUUCCUCUCUAAUUCACUCUAAACCAUCACUAAUUCAAUAACCCUUUCUCAUUGCUCCCCAUCUUCAACCCCAAUCUUUCGAGCUUCCGGCUAUGAAAUUUGGGAAGGAAUUCAAGACCCAUCUGGAACAGACGCUCCCCGAGUGGAGGGACAAAUUCCUCUGUUACAAACCCCUCAAAAAGCUUCUCAAAUACUACCCCAAUCUCCCCACCGACCAUUCGCCUAACUUUCUUCUUCCUCCUUUUCAACACCCCGUUUCCUUCGACCAUCCCGCCGAUACUACGCCCUUGGAAUCCAAUCGCGGCCGCUGUGAGACUGGUGCUGGUUCUUUGGCGGAACUUCAGGAUUGGUUCGUUAGGAUUCUCAAUGAAGAGCUUGAGAAGUUGAAUGAUUUUUACGUUGAUAAAGAGGAAGAGUUUGUCAUUCGGUUUCAGGAGCUGAAGCAAAGAAUUGAUCAUGUCAAGGAAAAGAGUAGCAGGGGAGGUGUUUUCACAUCAGAGAAUGAAUUCAGUGAAGAAAUGAUGAACAUUCGCAAGGACUUCGUUGCCAUUCAUGGAGGAAUGGUGCUUCUCAAAAACUACAGCUCCCUCAAUUUUGCAGGGCUAAUAAAAAUUCUCAAGAAGUAUGAUAAACGAACGGGUGAACUGUUGCGUCUGCCUUACAUGCAACUUGUAGUGCGUCAACCUUUCUUUACAACAGAACUUCUCACAAGCCUGGUUCAUCAAUGUGAGGCAAAUCUAGAGCUACUCUUCCCAUUGGAAGAAGAAGUUGUUGAAUCUACACCGGCCUUGCGAGUUGACCCGAACCCAAUACUCGAUAACUCGAGAAUUGUUACUGCUAAGACGCCUUCAGAUCUUGGGGAGGAAAGUGAGGAUUUAUAUAGAAGCAUUGUUGCUGCAAUGACAGCCAUUAGUGGCCUAAAGAAAGAAAGCUCCACCAAUAAUCCUCUGUCAUUUUCGUCUCUCUUUAAGAGUCAGGAUGAUGAGAGUGCUGGUGCUGUGACUGAUGAGAACUCUCCUUCAAACUCUUUGGCUUCUUUGCCUAAAGGUGACGAAGAUGAUGCCUAGUUUUGUUCUUCUCUCUCUGUGUAACUGAGUUUUCAUCGCUUUUUGGUGUCAAGAAGUUCAUCUUUCAACUCUGUACAGUCAAGUGUAUAGAAUUAUGUAGAAUCUGGUAGCCGAAUUAAGUUCUGUUCCAUGAAUGUGUGAAGAAUUGACAAGCUAUUUUGUCA